AUUCCCCGGAAUAUUGCCUGUCUAAGAAACCGAGAGCCCAACAGGAACUGAAUCACUUUUAUUGUCAAUAGACGAAAAUCGACGGGAGAUCUGCAACAAUAGAACAGAGAUCUCUGCUGCCUUGGAAAUAUACACAUUUCACCACUUAUUUUCUAAUAUAUAUAAUCUAUACACGAUACUGUUACAACUCAGACCCAAAUUUAUAUUCAGCGAGGAAAAAUAUCAAGAAAACGCAGACGGGCGCGACAGGGAAGAGAUGUGGGUAUCUAUUUGCUUAACGAUAGCGGCCACCGCCGGAAACAACAUAGGAAAGGUCCUUCAGAAGAAGGGCACCCUCAUUCUCCCACCUCUCUCUUUCAAGCCCAAGGUGCUAAGGGCAUAUGUUUCCAAUAGAGCAUGGAUUAUUGGCUUCUUGAUGGAUAUAUUCGGGGCUCUUUUGAUGCUGCUAGCACUAUCACAAGCUCCUGUAUCAGUCAUUCAACCUGUCUCCGGCUGCGGGCUUGCUAUUCUUUCAGUAUUUUCUCAUUUUUAUCUGAAGGAGAUCAUGAAUGCUAUUGAUUGGAUAGGAAUCGCUUUUGCUGGUGUUGGCACUAUAGGUGUUGGUGCUGGAGGCGAAGAACAAAAGGCAUCAUUGAUCUCAGUUUUUCAUUUACCAUGGCUGGCAUUUGUAGUUACUUUCUUGUUUGUACUUCUUAAUGGAUGGCUUCGUGUGUACAGACGCCAAAGAAGAGAACAAGAAUUGAUGCAGUAUGAAGUGGUUGAAGAAAUCAUUUAUGGUUUGGAAUCUGGCAUUUUAUUUGGGAUAGCAUCUGUGAUAUCAAAGAUGGGAUUUGUAUUCUUGGAGCAGGGAUUUUCCAAAUUAUUGCUUCCCAUUUGCAUAGCAAUCAGCAUAUCCUGCAGUGCUUCUGGUUUUGUUUACCAGACCCGUGGUCUGAAGCAUGGCAGAGCCAUUGUCGUGUCCACUUGUGCAGCUGUUGCUUCCAUUGUGACUGGCGUGCUUGCUGGUAUGCUUGCAUUGGGUGAACGGUUACCUUCAGCUCCCUUGGGUCGGUUAAUACUUCUCCUCGGAUGGCUAUUCAUCAUUCUUGGUGUGAUCCUACUGGUAACAUCAACACGCCUGGCAUGCCACCUUCCAAGGCCCUGGAGACGUUUUGCACGUAGUGGUGUAGAUAGGAAUUUUGGGCCCAGGCAAUCUCCUUCAAUCCGUACAAGGGACACAAAUCCCAGUGCUGUUAUCCAGACAAGCACGCUGCAUCAUUUAAUGUCAUCUCCCUCAAAAGAAAAGGCUUGAAUUUUUCAAACAAGAAAAAUACUAACAAGAAAGCACGCGCAUUUCGCUCCUUGGAUACAAUGUAACCUAGGUUCAUCCUAAAGCUGUUGUUCAAUAGCAUUGUAGUCCUUGUAUACAAUGUGGCCUAGGUUCAUCCUAAAGCUGUUGCUUUGAU